AAUCAACAGCAGCAGCAGCAGAGACGGGGAGACCUUAUCGCAAUCGCCGGGACGAAAGGACCUGGACAUGUCAUUAGCCAGUCUUCGGUUCGGUUCAGUUGGUCCUCGGCCAUGGCCGGGAAAAGAGUGGAGAGCUGGUCGCGAUUCCUGCUGGUGUGGCUAUAUCGCUUUGCCCGCGGUCUCUCGCUGCUUUCCUCGAACUUGGACCGGGAGAAGCUACAGCUGAAGCCCCCAAGACGAGGCAGUAGUAAUCGCAUCCUCAGCAUCCUGUGGCGCUGUCUGGUGGUCUUCACUUACGCAGGAGUAUGGCCAUUGCUAAGCGCAUCCGUUGUGGGCAAACGACUGGAGAGCUAUGCCGAUCUAUUUGCCUUGGCUCAGUCGCUUUCGGUAUCCAUUUUGGCCGUCGUAUCCUUUAUCAUCCAGGCAAAGGGAGAGGGCGAAUUUCGGGAGGUGAUAAAUAGAUACUUGGCCCUUUACCAAAGGAUAUGCUCGACUACGCGUUUGCAGCACCUGUUUCCACCGAAAUUUGUGGUUUUCUUUUUGCUCAAGUUGUUCCUGACCCUGUGCGGUUGUUUCCACGAACUAAUUCCGCUGCUAAAAGCCGAACACUUCGAGGAUAUCGGCCGAAUGGUGGCAGUAUGUUUCAGCAUAUACAUGUGGCUUGGAACGCUUUUCGUCCUGGAUGCCUGCUUCCUGGGAUUUUUGGUCUCGGGAAUCCUGUACGAACAUAUGGCUGCCAAUAUCAUGACCAUGCUGAAGCGAAUGGAACCCAUAGAGUCGCAGGAGGAAGGAAGUCGCAUGAGCAAGUAUCGCAGGAUGCGUCUGCUGUGCGAUUUUUCGGAUGAGUUGGACGAAUGUGCCGCCAUCUACAGUGAACUCUACCAAGUGACUGUCUCCUUUCGCCGGAUGUUGCAGUGGCAAAUCCUCUUCUAUGUUUACUACAACUUUAUCAACAUUUGCCUAAUGCUAUACCAAUAUAUUCUGCACUAUCUCAAUGACGAUGAAGUGGCUCUGGUUUCACUGGUCAUAGCUUUUGUAAAGUUGGCCAAUCUGGUUUUGCUCAUUAUGUGUGCAGAUUAUACGGUGCGGGAGUCGCAGAAACCCAAGAGAUUGCCCCUGGAAAUAGUUUGCAGUGAUAUUGAUGAGCGUUGGGAUAAGAGUGUUGAAACUUUUCUCAGUCAGCUGCAAACACAGAGACUGGAGAUCAAAGUACUGGGAUUUUUUCAUCUGAACAACGAGUUCAUCCUCCUCAUCCUGUCUGCCAUUAUAUCGUACCUCUUCAUACUCCUUCAGUUUGGCAUUACAGGUGGUUUCGAGGCAUCGGAUGAUAUUAAAAAUCAGUUUGAUUAAAAUCAAAU